UAACACUUUACUUGAAUUGGAAAGAUAGCUUGGUUUUUUUGCAAGUUGAGAAAUUCCGGUUAAAAGAAUUCUUUGCCGGUUGUUGUAACAACUCCUCAAGCGGUGCUGGGAAAGGAGUGUCCAACUUCAAAUCGGGACCAGCCACUUACCAGCCUCGUGAUUUUGGGCAAAGAUGUUGAAUGUGAGGUGCUGGCAGAGGAGUCCAUAGUAUGUCUCCAGAAAGCCCUGAAUCACCUUCGGGAAAUAUGGGAAUUGAUUGGCAUUCCAGAGGACCAGCGGUUACAGAGAACUGAGGUUGUAAAGAAACACAUCAAGGACCUCCUGGACAUGAUGAUUGCUGAAGAGGAAAGCCUGAAGGAAAGACUCAUCAAAAGCAUAUCCAUCUGUCAAAAAGAGCUGAAUACUUUGUGCAACGAGCUACAUGUCGAGCCAUUUCAGGAAGAAGGAGAGACAACUAUCUUACAACUAGAAAAGGAUUUACGCACUCAGGUAGAACUGAUGCGAAAACAGAAAAGGGAGAGAAAACAAGAACUGAAACUACUUCAAGAACAAGAUCAAGAACUGUGUGAAAUUCUUUGCAUGCCCCACUAUGACGUCGACAGCACCUCAGUUCCCAGCUUAGAAGAGCUGAGCCAGUUCAGACAACAUGUGGCAACUUUAAGGGAAACAAAGGCGUCUAGGCGUGAGGAGUUUGUCAACAUAAAGAGACAGAUCAUACUGUGUAUGGAAGAUUUAGAUCACACCCCGGACACAAGCUUUGAAAGAGAUGUGGUGUGUGAAGAUGAAGAUGCCUUUUGUUUAUCUUUGGAAAAUAUUGCGACACUACAGAAGUUGCUACGGCAGCUGGAAAUGCGAAAAUCACAAAAUGAAGCAGUGUGUGAGGGGCUGCGUGCUCAGAUACGAGAGCUCUGGGAUAGGUUGCAAAUACCUGCAGAAGAGAGAGAAGCUGUGGCCACACUAAUGACUGGGUCAAAGGCCAAGGUCAGGAAAGCGCUGCAAUUAGAAGUGGAUCGGUUGGAAGAACUGAAAAUGCAAAACAUGAAGAAAGUGAUUGAGGCAAUACGAGUAGAGCUGGCUCAGUACUGGGACCAGUGUUUUUAUAGCCAAGAGCAGAGACAAGCUUUUGCCCCUUACUAUGCUGAGGACUACACAGAAAAUUUGCUCCAGCUCCAUGAUGCCGAGAUUGUGCGGUUAAGAAACUACUAUGAGGUUCACAAAGAACUCUUUGAAGGUGUCCAGAAGUGGGAAGAAAGCUGGAGGCUUUUCUUAGAGUUUGAGAGAAAAGCUUCAGAUCCAAGUCGAUUUACAAAUCGUGGAGGAAAUCUUCUAAAAGAAGAAAAGCAACGAGCCAAGCUCCAAAAAACACUCCCUAAGCUGGAAGAGGAGUUAAAGGCACGGAUUGAAAUGUGGGAGCAGGAGCAUUCAAAGGCAUUUGUGGUGAACGGACAGAAAUUCAUGGAGUAUGUAACAGAACAAUGGGAGAUGCAUCGAUUGGAGAAAGAGAGAGCCAAGCAGGAAAGACAACUGAAGAACAAGAAGCAAACAGAGACAGAGAUGCUCUAUGGCAGCGCUCCGCGAACACCGAGCAAGCGACGAGGACUAGCACCUAGCACGCCGGGCAAAGUGCGCAAGCUGAACACUACCACCAUGUCCAACGCUACGGCCAACAGUAGCAUUCGGCCUGUCUUUGCGGGGACAGUCUACCGCUCCCCUGUGUCUCGACUUCCACCUUCUGGCAGCAAGCCAGUCCUCACUUCCACCUGUUCGGGGAAAAAAACACCUCACAGCAUCAAGCAUGGAGCCAACAAGGAGAACCAGGAACUCAAUGGCAGCAUCCUCAGCGGUGGGUACCCUGACUCGGCCCCCCUCCGACGCAACUUCAGCAUUAAUUCUGUUGCCAGCACCUAUUCUGAGUUUGCGAAGGAUCCGUCCCUCUCUGACAGCUCCACUGUUGGGCUUCAGGUCUGUAUGGCAACCCCUGCAUGUCCCAUGUCCCUUUUCCAAACUGAUCUGUCGUCUGCUGGCUUCAUUCCCAUCUGGGCACAGGGCUACACUAACCAAUAAUCUCAGCUGUACUAUCAUAAAUUUUUUUUUAAGAAAGCAGUAAUUCCUAAUACAGAUUUCAAAAAUGGUAAAUAUCUGUUUUAGUUCCCAACAGACUAACCUGAUUAACUUGUUCAGACUUGAAUUGGAUUCUCAGCCCCACCUUAAAGUCAGGCAAAUUUUUUUUAAUCAUGUUAUUUCACAACAGAAAACCUUCACCCUCCCCAGCUGUGACAUUAAAGGCCUCCAAUGUGCUGGAAAGAAUAGAGGCCCCAUCACGUGGGGAGGAGGGCCCCAGCUGUGUGCUGCCUACGAGGUUCUUGGCCUGUGUGCUGAUUAUUUCCUGGAGUAUAUAUAUCUUACUAACCCCUCAGAGCUGAAUUGCCAACUUUCUGUCUACUCUGAGCUAGCCAAUGCUCAUUUCUUUGCCUUUGCCUGUUUCUACCAUAUUAAGCUGCUAAUUUAGCAUAUAUAUGAGUCACUAGAAGAGUAUUUUUUUCCCACAAUGCUCUUUGGCUCCUAGUAACCUACUCCAUAUUUGCCGACACUUAACUGUAGUGCUGUUUCCUUAACAAUGUCUGUUCUCGCUUCCCUCAGUGUCUUCCUACUGAGAGGUGAGGCUGCCCUUCACCCUUGGGAAGGAUACUGAGUUUAAAGCCUAGGGUGUCAACUUUCUUGCUACAGUGAUGGAGAAUGUGACAGCUGCCCAAGGCUACAGCUCAUUUUGAGCAAUGAAAUGCUUCAUAUUCUGUUACUUUUUUCAAGUUACUUAACUGGUGUGGUUCUGCCUAUAGAAGUGGCUGCUUGUCAUUCUGGCUAGCUGACUGCUGGACAAAGUCUAGCUUUCUCUUUUCCAUUUUUUCAGCCAAGUCCCAUUUCCUACACUUGGGGCUUAAAUGUCUGUUUACCUCUGGCUGGGACUGGGGGAGAUUCUUCUGGUUUUGUUUGCUAUGGCUGGUAGACUCUGCCAGGCAGCACUGAAGCCAAUAGACUAACCUCUACUAACAUCUGUCUUUCUCAGUGAUCAUUCAUGCUCUGUCUUCUACUUCUAUACCAUGUGCUCCAGCAUGAGAUCAAAUCACCAGCAGGUUACAAGGCCCUCAGCCCCAGGGAUUGGUAGAUAUAUGCUCUGGCCCAUUGUUUCAUAAAGGGCUCAAAAGAGCAAAGCUUAUUGCCUAUCUAGCUUGACAACUCAGUACUUUGUGAAGUGUAAGGGAUUUCUCUUCUGUAAGGUUUUACAGAAUGUACUGGCUGAGGAGAGGGGUCAAGGGCAUAUGUGCACACGCUUAUCUAAUAUAAUGGUGCUCAGAGGCCCUCACCUUUUGUUCCUAACACAGCCUGUGCUGGGCUAGGGACCACUGUCUUAGACAAACAGCCCUCAGAGGGCCUUAUGUUGACACUUAACCCAUGUUAACAAGGGUGGGGCAUGCAUGAACUGGGGGGGGCAGUACUGCCACUGAUGUUACUUAUUUUUCAACAGCGAGAACUUUCAAAGGCUUCCAAAUCUGAUGCUACUUCUCGAAUCCUCAAUUCGACCAACAUCCAGUCCUGAGAAGCCCUGAUCAGUCAGCCAGCUGAGGCUUCCCGUGCCUAGACUGGACCUAAUUAUACAGGGGUGGUUUAAUGUUUCUUCAGCGUAGGUGUGCUUGAGAGCCUGGACAAGUUCCAUUUCCAUGGGCCUAACUUACAGAAGUGAAUGAGUUACAGGUGAAAGUCCAACAUAGGGCUUAGUGGGUCCUUAGAUACUUGGUUUUAUUUUGACUCAAGAAAUACAUUAAAACUUAGUUCCUAGCAGUAAGUGUAAAUUUUAGCAGAUGAACCUAAUUUCUUUCCCUACCCCAAAUUCUACUUGCUAAUGCACAUCAAGGGCUUAUUACAUAUACUUCGCCAUUGUGUAGGAAAAUGACUGUGCCCAGCCCUGGGGUAUGGGACAUGAAGCAAUUUUUGGCUCAUACACUUAUAAUUAGCAAUUAACAUCUUUUUUGUUUAGGCAUGUUCAAUUAAUGCUAUAGCUACAAUAGCUUUGCCCUCACCUAAAGGCCUUUCCCCACCACACAGGACAGCCUUCCUCCUGAUGAAGAUGUCUGUGUGUCAGAACCUGGGAUGGCCUAACUCACUGCCAAAGAGGUGACAGGGAAGCUGGAAGCGCCUCUGUUAAAUUGUGUACAGUUCUGUUAUAUAGGGCACUGCCCUUUGUUGGGGUAUGUGUAUGAAUACACAUGCUUGUCUGAACUCUACUUCAGUUUUCCUCUGGGUCCAGUUCCCCGAUCCCUGUGCCCCUUAUGCCUGAGUUCUUGUACCCCUCUCCCUUUGCCAGCCAUGUUGGGAGGCUGGAUGGGUUGGGCCAUUUGUCGUGGAGAGCUGGAACUUUGCACAUGUCAGUACUGGGGAGUUGUUCCUGCUUUAGCGUCCACGAUGAGGCUCCUUCUUUACCUACCCUGCCAAUCACUACUGUGCUCCCCAAAGCACUAGUAUUUAUUCUUCUGUCUGCCUGCGCCAGUACUACUGUCAGCACAUUGAAUGGUUCUCAAAGCUUAACCAGUGUGGAUUUGGUCUGCAUCGGCCAUGCUGUUUAGUCAUACGUAUACAUGUCCUGAUUUUAAAAUAUAAAUAUAUUCUUAAAAAUAAAUUAAAAUGUGUAUACUUGUGUUUCAAAA